AGGCUUGUUGGUUUAUGUUAAUGCAUAUUUGCAUAUUCAUGAGCAGAACUAUGAUGUCACUGCCAAUGACCACCAAUGAGUCUGCAUUUUGAGUCCCAAUGGCUCAUCACAUUCUGCACCAAUGUCCGUCAGGAAGUUGUUUACAACUACUAAAGAGAAGCACUUACCCAUAACAUAUCAAGAGGGGUGUUGGACAAAAGAUGAAUUUAAACCAAUAAUCUUGAAAUUUAUAAGUUGUUUUGACUGACUCAAGAGGCAUUCACGAGGGGGUAAUUGUAUGAAUGUGCUUGGACAAUGCAUUUUCUAAAGCAUGACAGAAGAUACAAUGUAACAUCAGAAAUAUUGUGACAUUUAGAAAUACAAAUGGAAGUAUGAAAGAAUAGGCUGAGAUAGAGUGAAACAAAAGAAUGAACACUCAUCUGUACAAAGAAAACCUAACACCAAUGUCAACAGUGAAAGUUUACAGAGUAACUUGGUUACAGAAGUUGUCAGAACAAUUGAUCUAACACAAUAUAAUGAUAUAAUCACUUUCACUUUCACUUUUACAGUUAUUUAGGUCUUACAUUCCUUGUUGGUAUAAAACAGUAGCUACAUGUAUAUCCAUGCGUAUUAAAACCUGCAUGUACAACAAAAAGAGUUUUCAACUGGUGUGAUCUCUCAUUAGGGUUCACUAGUCUUGGCAGAAUUUGCAAAAUGUUGGAAAGGAGAUCAAUGACAAAUUAUGGAUGAAGGCUACGGAAACAACCAUUCAACUGGGAGGACUGAUUUUUCAAAGCAUGUUGAAAACGAUCUGUUCGACCAAAGAACUUUCCAAUUGAGAGAUUCUCUGCAGUGCACCAUCCACUGGCUUCCAGAGAAAAAGCUUCUAAAUCUCGAGCAGCGAAGAUUUCGGCAGGACUGUGGCUGGCAAUAAUUAUCACCGGUGUGACUCCUAUAUUCUUACCAACAUCUCUGGAUGUUUUUAUUGACAUUAUCCUUUGGAUGAGUGCCAUCAUUGCUGCUGUUUGCUUCACUGUAACCGCUGCUUUGUACACCUACAUAAUAGCAAAAAUCCACAACCGAGCAGUUCAACUGCCAAAUCGUCCUAAGCAAACAAGCAAGGUCCUACGCAUGGUUAUCAUAAAUACUGUUAUUUUCUUCUCGCUGAACUCUUCUGGAAUUGCUCUUGCAAUAAGUUUCAUUGUGAUAGUAAAGAAUAAUUUCAUUGAACCGAGCCAGGACAGUGAAUGUCUAAAACUUGUUGCUGCAGCAAAUAUUUUGACUGUAUUUAAAGUACUCUUGCAGCUUAUUAACAACUCCAUUGAUCCCCUAGUCUACAGUGCCACUAACUCUGACUAUCGUACAGCUGUAGUCCAGGCUUUCUCAUUCCUCAAACUGUGCAGUACUUGCUACCCAAGACAGAAUCCCAGCCAACCAUCAGAGCCAAGGGAACAGAUUGAGCUUCACGUGAUUCCACAACCACAAAAUGAUCAACAGCACCAUGCUGUCAGGCCAAGCAGCAGCAGCAAGCCACCAAGCCAAGGCCUUGCACAACACACACAGAGUCAGCAACCACUGCACAGCUGCCAACAACAAUGUUCCAGGCCAAGUAGCAGCAAGGCAUCCAUGCACAGUCAGCAGCAUGUUCUAGUGUAUGCACAUGUACAUGCAGAACCAGCAGGGAUCCCAGCACUUGCAAGUUCUCAUCAGGAACAAUGCUCUAGUCAGACUGACUGUAAGCCAUCCAUGCAGGGGGAACAGUGUGUCCAUCCAGAACUAGAAAAACAGCCAGCAGUCACUAGCAAGUACUCAGGAACAAUGUCCUGUGUUGACCAUACUCAGCUGUCAGCACAAGGGGAACAAUGUGUACAUCCAGAACCAGAAUGGAGUCAGUCACUCGAAAGUUGUCAAGAACAAUGUUCUCUAGCAAUUGGUAAGAACAAAUGAAACAGAUAAGGGUAAUGAACAGUGUGCAGGCUCAGCAUGUAGUUAAAGUUGCUUAUAAGUGUGGCUGAAUGCUGACAAUCACAAACAUCACCGCUAGCUCUCAGGCCUUCGCAGACAUUGAAGGACUCAGCUUUGACACAUGUAUGAGUCAAUGAGCCUUGAGCUAGACCAAGAGGGGAUGCAAUUUUUCUUGACAACGGAGGCUCCUUUGGUCAGACCUCAAUUUCGCUGGUUUAUGAACAACUCCCAGUGUGAAAUGCAUACGUUACAGUCGCAUCACAACCAACAAAAUGAACACGCUCAACCAAUGUGGUUCUUUUCGACCACAAGGGGGUACUUCUGCUCAAGGCUGACUACCCUCAGUCUCUACAGGUUGAUUGAUAUUUGGGGCAAAAGAAAAAUUGAGAUCGAAUAUUUAUGCUAGGAACACAUUUCAACUCAAGCAAAUUUCACUAGCAAUAUUUUGUAGACAAAUAUGUUGUUUUUGUUGGCGCAAGACAGUAUGAACUGGCCUUUACAUUAUGAUUUUAGAAAACAAGGAGGGGUGUCUUGUAAAGAAACUCACCCAAAAAUCCAAAAUGUCUGAUGGUUCUCAAUUGGAAUAUCUAAGGUAGAGUCCACCUGUAUCAGGUGGUGGUAGAGAUCUGUUACAGCAGUCCUAGCCAUAGAUUCAUCUGACAUGCUAAUGGAUAUGUUGUCUUCUAGGUCCAAUCAUGAACACAGACUGGCCUGUUAUAUAAAUGUACAUAUUUAAGUGCAUCAUUUAUUCAUCAUACACUGUACAUAGACAUUGUUGUUGCUACAACGCCAGUUAUCAAUUUCCAGCUGGCACAGAGGUGCAUGGCUCAUCAUGGCAACGAUGAGAAUAUGUGGAAAAAGAGAUGAGUGUCUUCUGUCUUCAAUAGAUCUUACAUUUAACGUGUCACCAAUGACCAUCGAUGCUUGAUGUAAGAGAAAAUAUAUACGAGAAUUCUUGGAACUAUGCAUUUGCUAACAAGUGUUACAAAUUUUCCAUUGUUCAUAACAUAACGACAUGCUGCAGCGAACAACGUGCAACUGUGAUUUCAUUUUAAACAGAUUUACAUUGUAAUAAUAAACAACAGUUCUUCAUUUUUAAAUAAGGGUGACAGUAGGCCUGUAUUUAAAAAAAUGUUGAACUGUAGAUUUGCUGAGGACUAGUGUUCUCUUUUCCCAAGGUUUAGAAUGCAUGGCGCUGACUUACCCAUGAUUAAAGCCUUGUACAGUGGUAAACACUUUGUUGUUAAAUGUCAAGGCCCUAAUAUGUCUACAAUGUUUUAGCAAGAGAAAUAGAAUAUACCAAUGGUUAACUGUAAGUAGCACAUCAUACAUCUGGGAGGAUUCAGGAUUCAGGGUUCUUCGUCAAAAAUGCAUGAGGGUCAGGGUAAAUGGUUCAUGAAAUCUAAACUACAACUUUGGUUUAUCAAGACUGCAUGUGGUUCAUAAACAUAUUUUGUGUUUUUCCCACGAGGCUUUGUCUCAGUUUUUCAUCUUAAGAAUUUAGUUCAAUGGAGAGAAUCCCAAGCUGAAUCCCUUUGGUUCAAUCUAACUCAAUCUCCUGCUACAGCAAACAUAUUUUGCCUAAUGCCGGUGAGGAAAUGUUUUCACUGGGUGCCCACAGUUUCCAUGUCCAUCUACACUGGCGCUGAAACUGCAGACAAUGAUGAGCAGAAACCUUGGAAAACUGUGACAAAUGUUUUGACAUUACAAACCUGUAAUUACGAAAUGGCUGUUUUAUGUGAGAUGUUCAUGAACGAUGUACAGUAGUGUUUCUAUAUUUAGGUGUUCAUCUUUAUCAGUCCUGUAUAGAUUCCGUCAUUUUGGGUCGUGCACCCAGAAUGUAUUUCAAAAUUGUCAGCUACAUGAAUAAGAGGAGGAACGGUAAAUUGUUGUCAGAGUGUAUUCUCAAACCCGACUUCAAUUCUUGUAACGAGGCAUAAAUAUGAUCAUAAUUUUCACUUAUUCAUCACAGCCAACUGGUAUUAAUUUGUAAUGAACAUUUAUUUCAUUGCUUUUAAUUUUACUUACAAGUUCCCUGAAACAGUUAAACUCACUUUCAUUUUAAUGUGGCAGACUCAUGAAGUCUAGGGCGUACAAUUUGACAUUUCACAUAUUCUGAUGACUUCUUGCUUGCUUAGCCUGUAAGUCUCCCAGUUGGGACAGGCGACAGUGAUUACCUACUGACCAUCAGUGCCUUCAACAUUCUGUUGAUGGGGCACACAUCACGACUUUCCUACCAUGUAUUCUCGAAGUAAUCUGUACCUUUAAUCAGAAAUGGGAUGGUCUGAUGCAUUUGUUUAAAGAAAGUUGGUUCUAGUAACAUACUGUAACUUACGCACAUAACGUAGCAUGUACAGAUCUCUUGCUAGAAAUAAACCCCCUAUUUUUUUAAUUAAACAAACAAAUAAUUUUAUCAGUUCAAAAGACUGCAAUUAUCUCAUGAGAAAGAACCCCUCCUCCAGAAGGUAAGAAUUAUGCAACUUUGUAAAUUGUGACAUUAAAUUUUUUUUGUAGAAAGUACAUUUAUAAUGCUUUUAUUAACAAGAUGGAAGCCAGCUGCGUAGACACAAGAAUCUCCCAAGGAUGGGAAUAAAAUGACUUGAUACACUUGUCAUAUUGCUAGUUUUGAUCUGGACAUGUUCAACGGUGUAAUUCAUAUGAUGCCAGUUCCGUAUUUGUUACCAUUGAUAGUACACAUGUGUAUGUUAAUAACAGUACUGCGUUACUGAACAUGCCCCUGGAAGCACCAGCAGAUACAGUCCCCCCCUCCCCAUUGGCAUCUUGCCAACAUCACCCUCUGCAACCCGUGGUUGGUGCUACAGUACCUCACCAGUCAAAAUAUCAUCAGAUGUUUCUUGCUUUGUCAGCUGCUUCCUACAGGGUACUCUAGAAGUCGCUUCUGCCAAUUAUUGACAACUUGUACUGCAAGUUGACAAUUUUCUUCCUUCCAAUAUUAAAAAUGAUGCUAUUCCCCCAGAACAGUUGAUUUGAAACAUGUGAGGGAGACAUUUUAUAUAUGUCAGUAUGAAUCUAGUAUUCCUUUCCUAUUCAGCAUGGCAUGACCAGUAAUUGGUCUGUCUAUACAUGCCAAAUUAUAAAAAGAAUGGGCUUAUCUAUUUUUUCCCAACUGUAUAGUAUUUUUCUUUCUUUCUUUUAUUUUGAAAUGUUACCUUCAAAUAAAAGACAGAAUCAAAAUACACAUACAACUUAACUGUUGACAGCAGCCCAGGGUGCAAGUUUACAGAGAGCUUGUUCCUCAGCUUAUGACAUCCACAUUCAUAUUCUUUGUGCAUGAGUGCAUUACUAAUUAUCUUUUGUAAAUACUACAAUGGACCAUCCCUGCUGAGUAAAAGCAACCAUUCAGUUGUUUUCACAUGGAGUACUCAACUCUUUUGGUUGAAAUACAGCAUGACAUCAAGAAUGUUGAAAUACAUGUAUUCUUGAACUAUCUGACCUUUUUCCACUUGCUGGUCCCUUGCCCAACGGUGUGACAUGUUUCUUUGGCAUUUAGUCUCACAAACCUCACAAGUAGCUGGUUUUGUGGUUUGCUUCAUUCAGAGCAAACAUUUUGGCAAUGGAAACCUUAUCCAAGAAAAUCCCUGGGAAACAAUAAUAUUGGCCAAUAAAGGAAAUUCAAAUCUGAAAAGUGGAAGCACCAAGGUGUAUAGUGAAGUCAAGCAGGCAAAGGAUGCGGCAGCGGCCUGGCCGCUCACGCAUGCACUCAGGAAAUAUGUAGACAGACCUGGUCAAGACUAGCCUUGGAGUCGUCAUUUCUCGUUUGAUAGAUUGAAUAAAGACCUAAAAACUUCGGGCAAGAUGUUCUUUUCAACAAAUUGGAUCUUUGUCCCAAAGCUUUUUGUGAAGCAAUGUCCAAAUGUUCACAUACACACUGUGUAUAUUAGAGAAUGAAAUUAGUUUUGAAAAAGGGAAAGAUUGAGCAAACAAGCAAGCAGGCAAAG